GGUAGUGCUGGUAGGAGGUGGUUGAGGACAGCUAGUAGUUUGGGGCGUGAUUGGCUGGCAAGGCUUGAAACCACGGGGUGGGGGUGCAGCAGCAAUGCGGUGGCUGUGAGGGUGGUGCUGAGCUGGCGCGGUGCCUGUUCCCCACCGCCUUCUGCUUAAGCCCCGCCGGCGGCUCGGCUCGGCCUGGCGGCAGCGGGCAGGGGCCCUGGCUAUGAUGAAGGGGGCGAUGGGCUGCCCGGUGGCUGCCGUCAUGGAGGGGAGCUUCAGCUGCACUGUAGCCAAUCGAUUCUACCAGCUGCUGGACGACGAGUCGGACCCCUUCGACAACCUCCGCGAGGCCGAGCGCUGCUGGCAGCAACGCAAGAACCUCAGCAAAGUGGUUGCACGGCGGGGCGACCCCGGUAGCAGAGGGUGUGCCACCAGGAGGGAGCUCCAGAAGCAGCGCAAGCAGCUCGGGACGCCCGCGCCGCCGCCGCAGCCCGGUCAGAAGCAAGCACCUAAACAAGAAGAGUGUGGAGGAAAAGACAAUAGCAGAGCAGAGAAAGAACACAAAACUGCAUGGAGGCCCUCAUUCAUGGAAUACUUAUCUUCUGAAACAGAAAGUCAAGCAGAACUCACAGCUCAAAGUCUUUUUAGGCCGACUGCAAAAUUAAACUAUGAAAGGCCAAGAGGUUGUGGAAGAGGAAGAGGUGGAAUGCAAGGUAGAGGAAGAGGUGGUGGAAUAAACAAAAGUUUUGAUGGCUUUGACCAAAGAGGAAAACGGGAAUUUGGAAGACAAAAUGACAAUGAUAAAAUUGAGAUGGAACUGACUGCUCCUAUGGAAGCAACUGCAAAAACAGCCAAGUCUCCAGGGGUGUCUGAAGGAGAACUUCUAAAUAAAGUUGCUGAAGGGAAGCCAAGGGAAGAAGUAGUUCAAGAAAUGACGUUAGAUGAGUGGAAAAAUCUUCAGCAACAGAAUCGACCAAAGCAUGAAUUCAACAUCCGGAGGCCAGAAUCCACUGUACCUUCCAAAGCAGUGGUGAUUCACAAGUCAAAAUAUAGUGAUGAUAUACAGAAGGGAGAGCUUGAAGAUGAUUAUCAUAUUUUUCGAAGGGCAGUGAAUGACAUAACAUUUCAGCUGGAUAUCAAUUUUGGGAGUCUUCCUCGCCCUGGCUGUGGAUCAAGAGGAGCACGAGGUCGUGGCCGUGGCAGACAAAUGGAGGAGACAGGACCUCAACCAGAAGCAAUGGUGCAAAUUGUUGCUCCAAAUCCAGAUGAUCCUGAGGAUUUUCCUGCUUUAACUUGAAAGAAAUAUCAUGAAUGGUGUUAUCAACACAGCUUUGGUGCAGCUGUAAAGAAACCAGUUCUGUGCUGGUGUGGGGUAAAAAAAAAAAAAAAAAAAGUCCAAGUCUGCUGGAAAAGCUGCUCUGGUUGAUGGUUUUUUGUUUGUUUGUGUAUGUGUGAAAUGUUUGAACCUGUUAAUGGAAGUGAGUUCUGGAGAUAACAAGGGUCUGGAAUUCUGUUAUAGGGCCUGGUGUCUGCCUCCAUUUGUGAAAGCUGUAUGAAGGCUUGCAGUACUCAACUGUAAGGCUUUGAAUGAAGAUCAAGAGUACAGUGCUUUAAAAAUGUAUGUGUAGACACUAUGUCAAGUUCUUCCUGGCAGCUUGGUGAAACUGUAUGACAUGGUUUGCCAACAGACUCCUGUCUGUUUCACUUUGAGAUAUGAAAUCUACUUUCUGUUUCUUUGCUUGAAGUGUAUUUUACACGUUUACAAGUUGCAGUUCUUGAGAGUUUGGCAAAUAAAACACAGUGCUUACUGGUU